GUUUUUGUGAACUAUCUCAUGCUGCUCCGCGGUCGACUCCUCCGUGCGGCGAUCCCAUUGCAGGUCGCAUGUUUCAGCACAUCUACAUCGCCCAAAUGGUGGGAGUGGUCUCGUCUGGCUUCGUGGUUUACUUCCACGCAACCCUCAGAGCCUGUGCCUCAAGAUGUCGAGCCAAAAACGUGUGUGUUUAUCGACGGCAACAACAUGCUCUACGCAAAGUUCUCCCCUACAUGCACUCUAGCGUCAAAUGGUGUGGCCAUAGGUGCCACCUUGGGCUUCCUCCACGAGCUGCACAAAGUGGUCGACAAGAUGAAACCCCAUCGAGUUUGCGUGUUCUUUGAUACGCCUGUCAUAACCCAGCGCAAGAAGGAAGAUCCUACAUACAAGGCCAAACGCGAACGAAUGGGCGAUGCAUUGCGGCGGCAAUUCCCACUCACGGGAUCAGUGCUAAAGAGCUUAGCCGUGCCCGUGGUUCAAGUGCCAGGCGUAGAAGCAGACGAUAUGAUCGCAUCGUAUACAAAGGCCAGCCUGGAGAGCGGUUUCAACGUGAUCGUCGUGUCGAAUGACAGCGACUUUUUCCAGCUGGUGCAGAGCAAUGCAUCGCCCACGGUGUCCUUGUACAAGUUCCGGACACGGUGGCUGAUGGGCCAAGACGAAGUGCUGCAACUCAUUGGCGGCACAAGUCCGAGAUUGCACCCCGACUUGCGAGCCCUGAGAGGGGACCAGUGGGGCAAAACGCCUGGCCUUCCCGGUGGCAUUUCAAAGGAGCUCGCUGUGGAAUUGUUGGAAACUGCUGGCGGGCUGUUGCCGCUCUUGGAGUCUCUAGACAACGUACGAAGGCCAUGCCAUGUUCUGAGGAUGAAUGGAUCUUGUAGGUCCAAGACGAAGCAUUGCGCAAUCGGCUGCAUGCCUCAACCGACAUGUUGAAGCGAUCGUACCGCGCGUCCAAGUUGGACGACUCGUUGGCGUUACCUAUCCCCUUACAAGACUUUGCCAUGGGUCGUGUCAACCAAGCUGGGCUUGCGCUGCUCCUAACGGAUCCCACCCUCGUCAAAACCCACGCUCUGGAAGUUUAAGAAACGGAAUGUUUGUCCCUCAAAACUUGUGCGGUAAUUUUGAGAUUGUUUUAUUGUCC